AUGGAGAAAUCCUCCAUCCAGAAGGACACUCCUUGGCCAGGAGAUGAUGACGACGUUCACGACCAUGUGACCCAGAGAAGCCAAGGGUUCCUAUCCCUCUUGAACGCCAGGACGUCCACAGAGCUAAUGCCACAGACGGUGGUGCUCCACGGUGCCGCGGGCGUCGGGAAGACCACGCUGGCCAAGAAGUGCAUGCUGGACUGGACGCAGGCCGGCCAGGCCCGCGCCCGCCCCGCCGCCCUCUACCUCAGCUGCAAGGCGCUCAGCCGCAGGGGGCCGUGCACCUUGGCGGAGCUGCUGGCCGACAGCGCCCCGGGCCCGCGCCGGGCCCUUCCGCAGCUGCUCGCGCGGGCGCGGACGCUCCUGCUGGUCAUCGACGCUUUCGAGGAGCUGCGCGUGCCCGCCGCGGCGCUGGCGCGCGACCUGGGCAGCGACUGGGGCGCGCGGCGGCCGGCGCCCGUGCUCCUGGGGGGCCUGCUCAAGAGGAAGCUGCUCCCGGCGGCCACGCUCCUGGUGACCACGCGGCCCGAGGCCCUGGGGGAGCUGCGGCUGGUGGUGGAGCAGCCGCUCCUGGUGGAGGUCGAGGGGCUCUCGGAGCCGGAGCGCAGGGCGUAUCUGCGGCGACAGCUGGGAGGCGAGGCUCAGGCGCGGCGCGCUUGGCAGCUGAUGAGAAGCAACGCGGCGCUGCUCCGCCUGGGCUCGGCGCCCGCCGUGUGCUGGAUGCUGGGCGCCUGCCUGCGGCUGCCCGCGGACGAGGGCGACGACCCGGGCCGCACGUGCCGCACCGCCGCGUCGCUGCUGCUGCGCUUCCUGUGCAGCCGGUUCGCGCCCGCGCCGGGCAGCUGCCCGCGCCCGCGCCCCCGGGCCCCGCUGCGCGUCCUGUGCCUCCUGGCGGCCGAGGGCGUGUGGGCGCAGACCUCGCUGUUUGAGCCCCGGGACCUGCGCAGACUGGGCGUGCGCGAGGCCGACCUGCGCCCCUUCGUGGACCGGAGCCUCCUGCUGGAGAGCGGCGAGUGCGCGGGCUGCUACCGCUUCCUGCACCUGAGCCUGCAGCACCUCCUGGCGGCCGCGCUCUACGUCCUGGGCGGCGGCGAGGGCGGCCCCGGCUGUGGCGCUCGCGGGGUGCGGACGCUGCUCUCCAAGGAGGAAGGGCGCCGGAACCCCCACCUGGCCCACGUGGGGCGCUUCUUGUUCGGCCUCGCCAACGAAGACCGGGUCAGGGAGCUGGGGGCCGCCUUCGGCUGCCCGGUGUCCACGGAGCUCAAGCACGAGCUGCUGGCGUGCACCGUGAGGUCCCCCGAGAACGGCCCCUUCUCCUCGGUGACGGACACGAGGGAGACCUUGUGCCGUCUCUACGAAUCGCAGGACGAACCGCUGGUGAAGGAAGCCGUGGCCCAGGUCACGGAAGUGUCCCUGCACUUGAAAGACCCCACGGACCUCGCGCACGCGUCCUUCUGCCUCAAGCAUUGCGAACGGCUGCAGAAACUGCGUCUGCGGGUGGAAAAGGGCGUGUUCCUGGACGACGACACCGCGUCGGGGUCCGAGGCCCAGGCUGCCGGGUCACAGUAUGACCAUCUCUCUCUCCAGCUCUGGGCGGAUCUCUGCUUGGUGUUCAGUUCAAACAAGAGCCUGUGCUUCUUGGAUGUGAGCCAAAGCUUCUUGAGUUCCUCCUCCGUGAGGAUUCUUUGUGAGCGAAUAACCCGUGUCACCUGUCAUCUCCAGAAAGUGGUGAUCAAAAAGGUCUCCCCUGCCGAUGCUUAUCGGAGCUUGUGUCUAGCUGUCAUUGGUAAGAAGACUCUGACCUACCUGGUCCUGGAAGGUGGUGGCCACAGUGACAAGCUGCUGCUGCUGCUGUUGUGUGAGCCACUGAAACACUCCAGAUGUAACCUGCAGUAUCUGAGGUUAUCACGUUGCAACAUAACCAGACGUGACUGUAGACACCUCUCAAAGCUGCUCCAGGAAGACUCCAGCUUAACAAACUUGGAUCUGGGGUUCAGCCCCAUAGCUACUGGAUCAUGGUAUCUCUGUGAGGCCUUGAAGAAGCCAAAUUGUAACCUAAGAUGUCUCGGGCUCUGUGACUGCUCCAUCACCCCCUCCUGUUGUCAGGGUCUUGCACUGGUGGUAGUCAGCGCCCAGAGGCUGGAAACUCUGGACCUGAGCUGGAAUACCUUGGGGCAGAGCGGAAUAAUGAUGCUCUUUGAGGCUUUAAAACAGAAUAACGGCCCCUUAAAGAUACUCAGGUUGGAGAUGGAUGAAUCUAGCAUGGAAGUCCAGAAGCUACUGAAGGAUGUAAAAGACAGCAGUCCAAAUCUGACAAUCGAAAGAAGUGAUGCCAGAACCACCAGAUCUCCAUGUGUGACUUUGUCUUUAAUACCCUGAGAUCCUUCUUAAUGACUACGUGUCUUAAAGGGGGUGAUGUGAUGGGGCGCCUGGGUGGUGCAGUCGGUUAAGCGUCCGACUUCAGCCAGGUCACGAUCUCGCGGUCUGUGAGUUCGAGCCCCGCGUCGGGCUCUGGGCUGAUGGCUCA